AUGCACACCACUCCACAACAGAUCCUCCACAUUGAGGACGCUCCAGUAUCUGAUGACAACCCGGCCCGUGAUGACGGCACUCUCGACUAUGAGCGAUGUGCCAGACUACACAAUUAUCUGGUCGCAUAUGGCUGGAUGGCCCGCAAUGGAAAAGACACGCCCGACCUUGAUGCGCUAGCCAGCGAAAAGUGGUUUUUCCAUGAAGCAAACGAGGUCGAAGCUACUCGGGAGCGUGUUGACGCGCCGCUUAACAAGUUUCUAGAUCUAAUCUAUGAUCCUAGGCCACCCUUCUUCUACUGGAUUGAUGGUUUUGUUAUGGAGCCCAGCGACGAGUAUUUUAUCGAUGAAAACGAGAUGGAGGAGGAUAAGGAGCGACUUGUCUUAAUUUAUCGCACUAUUGCAGAUCUGGGCGGACAUAACCUCGGCGUUGUCUAUGACCAGCAGCUCAAUCGGGUCUCGUUCCCAAUGACUACGGACAAUAUGGAAAGUGUGGAGCCUAUUGACGAGCACGAGGAAAUGUGGUUCCCGCUGGAGACUAUUCUCACCCAAUGGAUCUAUAUGACUCGGAUUGGUAAAGCUGUUCCUGGGCUUCCUGAAGAACUUCCUUCUGGUGAACCCCCGACGAAUAGAUCGCAAUUUUAUCUGUGGUCGUGGCUCCCUUACUGCGAUGCCCAGAUUGAUAGCACUAUAGCUGCAAUGGAGCGCUACUCAGCUACGGUCGAAUCUCGAAUGCCUCCUGGCUCACUUCUGCCUAUCUCUGCGCCGCUCUUUACCAGUGCGGAACUGGAUGCAGCGGCCGUGCCGCAGGACUGCUUCAUUCGCUCCCUCUUAACAAGAGUUAAAACCCCGCGUUUUAAAUUCAUCGCACCUGGGCUAGAGGUCCCGCAUGAUAAGGAGGCGUUUGCGAGGCGCUAG